UUAAAACGCAAUAUUGAAUAAUGGAUCAGUUCCGAUACCUGGAUCAGUGGUAUUUUGAUUAUUGUGUACAUAUUUCUAUUCAGAACGCUAAAGAAAAAAAUUGGAGAAAGAUAAAUGAAAUCGAAAGUAAAUGCAUGGGUAUCCUGUCUGGCUUUCUAGAAAUCAGUGAGCUAAACAAACUGAAAGCUCAGUUUCUCAUCAUUAUAGUUUUCCUAAAAAAGAUUUCAUGCUUAGAACAGUGUGAUAACGAGGACAAUGAUACUACAGAAGAUGAUAUCAGCAUUUUUGAUAUGUUGAACCAGUUAAUUAGUUCUCUGGAGGAUCUUUGUAAACAUAAAGAACAGGGUGACAGUUUCAAGAUUUGUCUGGCUAAAACUCUCCAAUACCGACUACAGACAUGCAGAACUCAUUCUUCCCUACUGACUGCAGAGGAACGGGAAUCCAUAGAAGCAGAAAGUUUAAAGACACUAAAUACUAUGAAAAUUGGAAAACCAAAAAAAAAGGCUACAGUAAAACCAGAUAGUCUCAUUGCGAUGAUUGUUGAAGCCAUUUCUAAUCUCUAUGAGAAACUGGAAACUCCACUUAUUCUGACUCUAUUAGGCUGCCACCUAGAAAUAGAAAAGGAUGAGGUUUGGCUUAAAGAUGUUGUGGCAGGUAACAGACCCAAUUUAGAAAAACAAAUAAACAAAGAGAUUAUCAAAUGCAGUGGAAACCCAAAAGUGAACCUGAAAAAAACUCUUGCUGCUAUUAAAGAGAAAGUGUUAAAAAAUGAAGAAGUAAAAGAUGCUUUAUCGAUUCAGUUAAUGAAAUUAAAAUUCCAUGCAGCUCUGAACAAGAAAAAAUUUUUCAGAUCAGUUUCAUUGCGGGAAGCGGCUCAUUCAUUGAGGAAUGCAGCUGUGCAAACAUAUUCAGUAAUAACUGAGACAAAUUCAGCUCAAACUGAUCUGUCACACAUUGCUCUAACAGAUAAAUCUUCACUUGAUGGCAAAAACACACCUUCACUAUCACAUGAAGCACCAAGCUUAAAAACAAGAGUCAAAGGUCGGCCUGAAGCUGCUUCGACAUCAUUGCAUCAGGAGUCUAUUUCCACUUUAGCUAAAGCUCCACCUAGUGUUUCUAGUGCUCACAUAACAUCAGACCAACAGGCUCAAAUGACUGUUAAAAAAUCACCAAAAACUUCAUCUACUGGCCUGAGGACAUUAUCAGGCCAGCAGAAAUCAGGAAUAGCACUGACAUCAACAAAAGGCUCAAUCAGUGGCCCAAGCACAUCUUCAACCUCAGACCAACAGGUGCCCACCUCUGUUCGGACAUCAGCGAAAAUUCCAUCCCAUGACCCUGAAGAUUCAUCCUCCUCAAGCCAUCAUCAGGAGAUAUUCUCUGUAAAUAAAUCUAAUGCAGAUAAGUUAGCAUCACCCAAUAAAAACUGCCAUUCUCCUCAAAAGAAGCCAAAAUCUGCUAAAAUACAUUCACCUGUUGGUGAGCUAUCCCCUUCUAGUAAUGUUUCAUCACCCCAUGAAGACUUCCAAGCACAUCAAAAGAGCAGGAAUGCAGAUAGUAACGUUUCAUCUUUAGUAAUAGAUGAGUAUCCAUCACCUGUUCGUAAAAUAAAAUCUUCUAAAGCAGGAUCAGCUGCGGAAAAGAUACCUUCUGCAACCAAAACCAAAUCCUCCAAGAUGGUGUUGGUUCUUGAAAAACUUCCCUCCACUGUAAAUAAAGUCAAAUCGUCUAAAGCUCUAUUACCCGAUGAAGAAACUUCACUACCUGCUCACAACUCUGCAUCAACAGAUUCAGCUUCCCCUGUUGGAAAAAGCUCAUCUAAAGCUACAAGAACAAAAUCAACUGACAUGACAUCAGACAUUGAAGAAAAUUGUUCAUCUCCAAAGAAAGCAAGAGUUGAUGAUAGUGAUGAUGACUUUAGCAUCUCAGAAUCAGUCUUCAAGAAACCUUUGCCUACAGUUACUGCCAGACAAAGCCUGUUGGACUUCAAAGCCCUGCACAAACCCCCGUCCCACAUUUGUGUUGUCUCUGGCAAGUGGUCAUUGGAUGAAGAGGAAAAGUUGCUUCGAUGCACUGUGGAGAUUGGUGAAGGUAACUGGGUCCAGAUUAAAGAAGCUAUGCAAACUCUACGCUCUAGCCAACAGUUGAAGGACAAAUGGAGGAAUUUAUCAGAGUCUAGGAAGAAAGCAGCCAUGAGAACGUAUCAAAGAAUAUAGAAGUCAGUUGCUCAACAUAAAACUGUCUAGGGCCUGGAAUAAAAUAGACCAGAAGUUAUAUUUGUACUGUUAUGUACACAGUAAAUGAUAAGAUUGGAUUCGUUUAGCAUUCAUUUAAUUUUGUUACCAUUACAAUUUUACUUAGAUGGCAUAUAAUCAUUGUAUAUUUAAAAUAAUGUCUGGACAAUAUAAGACCAUUUUUUUUUUAAUAUGAUCAGCUUCAAUUAGUUCAUUGAUCAGUUGACCUGUCUUCUGUUUUCAACCAUAAGUCACAUAUGUUGUUUUUUGUUUCUCUUAGUUACCUGUACAUAUAACAAAGCAUGCUCUACUUGUCUGUUUACAGCUAUUUACAGGAGAUAGCUCAGUCCUUGUAAAUAAUGUACAUAUAAAAUAUUCUGAUAAGCAUUGGAUUUUCUAUUAAGCCAUUGUCUCUCUCACCCAUGUGUUCAACUAGACAUUUGUAGAAUAAAUUUUUUGUUAACAUUCAUGUUCUGGUGAUGAGCUUGUGUCGAAUGUUUUAAUUUUUCUUCUUUACAUUUCAAUUAAUUUGAUCAAACUCAAUUAUCUCAAAUAAACAAUUUGUUUUAGUUGUGUAAGAAAUGUUGACCAAUUGUAUGCCUUACAGUACACAUUUAUGGCAGUAAUUUUUUUCUCAGUAGAAGACAACUAAGAAUUUUUUAAAGAAUAUUCUUGGACAUCACAAUAAGACAUUUAAAUGUUGAUAAGUUUUUAUUGAUCUACAAUUACUUGACCAAUAAGUUUUUAUUGAUCUACAAUUACUUGACCCUAUCACACUAGAAAAUGAUUUACAAAAGAAAUUUUGAUUGUGAAAGUGUUGACCUCAUGUCACUUGUACAACAGCGCACAGCGAGACUAGUAAGUUUGUCUCAAGCAUAUUGAACUUCAUCUCUUAUAUACCUGUAAUUCAGACCUUCAAUCUUACUAUUCUGACAAGGACUGGUUGAAGCUUAUAGUGGCUGGUUAAAUGAAUUUAUAGAGCGUCAUGCUAUAAUGUGGAUGUUGUGGGUUCAAUCCAACUACUAGCCCUUUUUUUUUCAUCAAACUUUCUA